AUAUUUAUUUCUCUGCUCGCUCUCUCUCCCCUAUGACCAAACAUCACUUACGACAGCUACCCCCACCUUGUGCCUCGCCCCUCCCACGGCCCCUCCCACGGUUUAGGAUCUAGAGAUCUUUGCUGUCUUUGGAUUUAUCGUCCAAGUGUGUUGAGAUGCCGAAAAAUGCUUCGGAUCGUACUGCAGAUAAUGCUGAAACCCGUAAUAGGCUUCAGCAAGAGCGAGUAUUCCUUAACGCCUUGACCCCCACGCAACAACGCCUCAGACAGAGACGAGCCAAUGCGCCAAACAUCACAACGGUAACUGAGUACAUUUUCAGUGCUUACGCCCGCUUUGUUUGGGCUACAAAUUCCUAAGAAUCACCAUGGCUGUGGAUUCCUGAAAAUUAGUUGUGGCUGUAGAUUCCUGAGAUCAGAAGCUGAUUGUUUGUUUACCCCGCUGCUGGAUAGCUGUAGGAAUUGUAGGUGUUGUGCAAUGUCAAUGAUGCCCCUAAAUGUUGAGUAUGACAUUUAUAUGCGAUUCAGUGCACAUUAGUUGUUUUCUCGAGUUUAGGCUGAGAUGAAAUGUAUGUAUACUAGUUUUGGUCGGUUUUGUUCUCUUUUUAGUUUUGGUCAGAGCUAGAUCAUGUGAACCUGGUUAUGAACCUGAACCUGUCAUGAACCUGGUUAUUGUCAUGAACUGACCAGCAGUUCAGUAGGCCGAGCUAGGCUCAUCCCAAGUGCAGUUCAGUGGGAUGGUGAUCUAGCCGGGUCUGAACCAACUGUAAACAAGCAUCAUCUCUCCCCAGCAAGUAGCUGGAAACAUUGACCAAAAUCUAGUUUAAUCCACGUUGUGGUGUCAUUCAGUGGGGAGAGGCCGAGGUAGUGGCGCUAAGCAUGUGCCAAAACUCUCAGGGGAGUAGGAGGAGGCGUCAUUCGGUGGGGAGAGGCCGAGGUGGAGGACGGGGGCGGGGCGGCGCGCGUGAAUCGUCCAUGCGAGGGAGAGGUACUCCCAGGCGCCGCCGCCGUGCUUCGCCUGCUCCUCCACCUGCAGGAGGCGCACCAUCGCCGUCGCGACCGCCAUGGGGAGGGACCGAGGGAGACGAGACGAGGGGGUUCGGGCGCUUGGUUGACUCGGCCCGCGGGGUGGAGAGUGGAGGAUGCGGAUGGCAGUUUUGUUGUAGUUCUAACAGGAAAUAGGGGCAAGGGCUGAAAACGAAUCGUUUUCCUUUGUGGGAAGUUGCAGAAUCCGCCGAAUCACCAGAAUCGCUGAUGCGGGAUUCCCUUGCCUGGUAGUUCGUUUUUCAGAAUCAGAUUCCAUGAAGCUAGAUAGAAAUCAAUGUCUUUGUUUGAGAUUAGAAGGCCUAGAAUCUGAAUCCAGUAGCUGUAGCUCAAACAAAGGCCACCUUAGUCUUAGAGUAAAGUUUUACUAUCUUGAAUUAAAGAAGUGCCAACUUAUAGCACCCAACCAAUUAAAAGUUAAUUAGUGAGUUUUUGUAACAUGGUUCAAUCUGUGUAUAUAUGUUUCAGAGUGUGAAUACUCUUAAGAGAUCUGUAAAAUAAGGAUUCAGUUAACUCUAUUGUAUACAUUCAACCUUAACAUAUACAUGCCAUAUGUACCUUUCUUUCUCUCUUCUUAUAUGGUGUGACACACAGUUUGUACUUUCUGCUCUAACAAUAAAAAAAUGUCCAAGAACACCACAACAAUUGUUGCUUGGUAGGUACAUAUGGUCAAAGAAAUAGAAGUACUUGUAAUGUUUUUGUAGGUAUAUUAUAAGUUUUUUUAAAAAGCUUAUAAUGUUUUUGUAGGACGUUUGUAAGUUUGACCCAAAGAAAUAGAAGUACUUGUCUUUUUUUGGGGCAACACACAAAAUUGCAUAAACUCUUUUUUUCUACCAAAGAAAUGGAUCAUAAAUUCUAACAAAUAUUUUUCCAGAAAAGAAAAAGAAAUUCUAUACCUACAGUAAAUGGCCAUGCCUACUUCCAUAUGGAUCUUGUCCUAAACUACACAUCUAUUUUUUUUGGAUGUUAGACUCAUAGAUUGUUAAAAGCCAACAUAAAUCUGAUUGUGAUACAAAUUCAUAACCAUGAAAAUUAGACCAAAUUUUUUGCUAGACUUGAUGUUAAUAACGAAAUAUUCUUACCUAGAUAUAUAUAAGAGAAUGUUAAUUGUAUAGUAUUAAUUGAAACCACAAACUCUUAUCGAUCCAAGCUCAUUUUAUUUACUAUUCCGUAGAGUAAGCAAAUGUGUUCUAACAUACAUAUGCAUUCAUGCAAAAAGUCUUGGGUGGGUUUGUUAGAACCUACGCUUUUGACGAAUUAUCCAAUGACAAUGUCCGUGACGGCACAAUGACAAUUGAGUAUGAUGAUGAGCGGUCUGAUACUCACCCUAUCACAGUACUGAUCUUAGAGAAUGCAGACAACACUAGUGAGACUGGAGAUUACAUUGUUGCGCAUACUGAGAAUCUUUCUAGAUAUGGUGGUGACUUAAUUGUGCGACCAUAUUUCAGUACGUUUGCCAUUAAAAUCCAGCAAUAUAUAGUAGCCUAUGAGCCAUUCAGACCCAACUAUAUUCAGGCAAUACACAGGGAACCAUUUUUUUCUGCUGAUGGGCGCUUGUCAGAAUCUUGGCGAAACAGGAUGAGGUCAUUCAUACAACUUCUCCAUUAUGCGGCAAAGCGCAAAAUCACACAUGGUAGUCUCUCAGACCCUACCAGCUAUGUGACUUGCCGUGAGGAUCUGAAGAUAAUUAGUGUGGGGCGACGUGCUCGUGGAAAAUACGUUGUCGGGAAAGACAUGGAAGAUCUUAUGGCUCUUAUAUCUACACAAUUCCCCCCGAGUUUGACUAACGACGAGUGGGGAACCCUGAAGAAGCUUCUGCUUUCACAGACCAUGAGGGACCCAGUUAGAGUCCAUGCUUAUCAUACUUAUUACUGUCGUGACUGGCUAGCAGCUGCCUUGCGGCACCCAACUUUAUUGGGCACCACCGAAGAAAUACUGGAAUGUUUUGUACAUCUCCACUCAGAUGCGAUGGGGCUGGACGAUAUCACUGGGGAGAAAGCUAGGUUCUCUAAUAGGAUUUACAAGGACUACCAGCAAUUUAGAAGUUACUUCCGUCGCGACGUCACCAAUGACGCAGUGGAUAACGAGUAUGAUUUCCGUACUAAUGGAGUUGUUCCGUUUGAUGGAGUUUACAAAGCCCUCUUCACAUUCACACACAGCAGUUAUAUGGUACUGAAAGAGGACCCUCGCUAUCCAAAAACAAUGAAUGACUUCGUAUACAACGAUCGUGAUAGUUACUGGUCACCUAAUUAUGGUUCACGAUUUAUCUAUAUCAAUGUCCUUAGGUUGGUUCAGAAUCUGAUAAAGCAUGGAGUUCAACAGGAUCCGCGUUUUAACAAUCAGGACUAUCUCCUCGCUGAGAUCAAAACUCGUUUCAAACAUUUUAUGUAUGCUUGCUACACCCUCCUAAACAUGAGGGAGGAUUGGAUUACUAAGAUAACGCGCAAUCCAUAUAAAUAGAUCAGGACGAGGAAGUGGCCCGACCUCAACAACCGGAGAUUCUGGAGUAUGGAUGGAGUAUGGAUGUGAGAUGGACAGCAAUGGCUUUGAGCCAUUGAGUUGGUCUCUUUGGUACUUGUGCAUCUUCGCUGAGUACCUCCUUAUCAGCGCUGUGUCGCUCGUAUCGGAUCUAUGACCAUGUAUCGAACUACACCUCUAGUUAUUAUAUGUAGCUUAUGUGCGCUGAGUCGCAUUUGUUUGGUCCCUCAGACCUUGUAUCUUUUCAUUGGAAUAUUGUCUUAACUCAAAGGGCCUAAUUUUAAAGUCAGCUAGCUUCCUUUCUAAAA